AUGAGUUGGCAUGAAAAGAAAAUGUAUAUAGCUUCAAUGGUGGAUAAGACACCUACAACUAGAAAAACUAAGAACUCAAAUUCAAGGCGCAGUGACACCAAAGUUUACUAUUUAAAAGUAAACGAUAAAAAGGAAAGAGUUUGCUUAAAAACAUUUUUGGAAACAUUGGGCAUAAAAAAAUGGACAGUUCGAUAUUGGCUAGGAGAGAAGACGACUAUCGACAAUGAAUCUGAACCAAGUGCUGUAGUAGCCACAGAAACAAAAAAAGAAUCAGCCAGAAGAUACUUGAUGGCGCUACCGAAACUACCGUCUCAUUACUGUAGACAAUCUACUUCAAAGCUAUAUUUAGAACCCAUCAUACAAACAAAAUCACAAUUGUAUCGUCUAUAUGUAGACUACUCAGUUUCGCGAAAUGAACCUGUGGCCUCUAGGAAGGUAUUUGAAGGGGUUUUAUUCGAAGAGAACAUCAGUCUAUUUCAACCAAAGAAAGACGCAUGCGACCAGUGCUGCGCUCACAAAGCAGGUAACAUGUCAGAUGAGCAGUAUAUAAAACAUAUUGAGAAAACCCUUGACAAAGAAGCAGCACGGAAAGGGACGAUACAUGCAUUAACAGCAGAUCUUCAAGCAGUCAAAUUGUGUCUUUCACUCAACGCCAGUGCACUAUAUUUUAAGACAAAACUUGCCGUCCACAACUUUACAAUUUACAACCUGGGCACUAAUUGA